GAUGGCUUUGGCAUUGGUUACUACACCGACCCCAAACUUGGCCCAGAGCCCUGCAUCUUCACUUCCACCACCCCAGCCUGGAACUGCAUAAAUUUGCAACGAAUAGCCUCCAAGACAGCUUCGCCCUUGAUCUUCGCCCACGUUCGUGCAACCACCGAAGGUGCCCUCAGCGACGCGAACUGCCAUCCCUUUUCCCACGGAAGUCUAAUGUGGAUGCACAAUGGCGGACUUGGGGGAUGGAAAUACAUCAAGAGACGUCUCGGUGAGCGACUAGCCGAUAAGUGGUACCUGGGCGUGCAGGGCGGAACAGACAGCGAAUGGGCUUUCGCCUUGUACCUUGACACACUGGAGAGAAUGGGCCACAAUCCGUCUUCACCACCUCCCGAGGGGUUUGGCCCUACUGUUCUCAGGCAGUGCAUGUUGAAGACAAUAAGACAGAUUAACGAUUUCAUUGCCGAAAUUCCACCACAGAUUGUCGAGGAAGAGAACGUGGAUACUAGGAGUUUGCUGAAUUUUGCGGUUUCAGAUGGACAUAGUGUGGUAUGCACGAGGUACGUCAGUAGUAAGACUGACGAGGCAGCCAGUCUUUACUAUUCAUCGGGUACCACAUGGGAGGAUAGAAGCAAAAAAGGAGAAUACCAGAUGGAUCGACGGGAUAAGGGGGCAGAUGUUGUUCUCGUUGCCAGCGAACCCUUAACUUUUGAACGAGAAUCUUGGGUAACCGUCCCUACAAACUCCACCUUAACAAUCCACAAACAAACCGUCAUGGUGCACCCUAUAAUCGACGAAUACUACAGCUACAAUCCCUAUCACUCUCGCUCUUCUAAAUUCGUUCAAGACAAAGGGCUGGUCACCAACGAAAAAGGAGGCAAUGCAUCUUCUCGCAGUCUCAGUCCUGCCACCACCCCCGGAAUCUCUCAAUCCAACGAAAGCAAACGACUCGGCCAGCAUCACCUCCACGGCCCCUCUCAUCUCCAUGAUUCUAUUGAUUCUAUCGACUUGCCCUUCAUUCCGCCAUCGUUAUCCAUGACCCCGGAACCCUUACCGCUGUGCGAGAACUAG